CGCAGUUUGUGUGAGCUAACGGCUAGCUUAGACUACAACAUAAAAUGUUCCGUUAACUUAACAGUUUAUCGAGUUAACUGCUAUGUUCACUUUCUAAUUUCAACUACAAGCUAUUGCAAGUGAGCCCAGGUGAAGAUGAGGACGAUAGCUUCCUCCAGCGGCCAGGAGGAAGCUGUGAAUGUCAGAAGGACGGAGUCAGCCGACGCUCAGGGGAUCAACGGCCUCAUCAGCCCUGAAGCUGGAGCAGUGUUUGGACGAGUCAACGUCAUCCAUCUGCUAGAGAAAGCCAAUCUGGCGGUGACUCUGGCCAAUGAGAGGGAGGAGAUCCUGGCUCACGCUUCCUUCUUCGAUCACCCUGUUGGAGACUUGGUGGAUCAGACUAGCUGGGAACCGUUCCUGCAGAAACACUUCAGCGCUGAAACAUGCACACCUUUGAACACACUCUUCCUCCACUUCUUCGUGGCAGACACAGAUUUCGCCACAGCAAGUGCAAAAGAAAUAUUAAGAGCUGUCUUUAACGCCGUCGCAGAGCUGGAAUACAUCCUUCUGCUCAGCCCGUACGCUGGUGUUUUAGAGGAGGCCCUGGAGGAGGUGUUUGAUCCUCUGCAGCGUCUGACUGACCUUGAGUGCUCAGCGUUCAUCUGCCACAGACAAGAGCACUGUCCGAAGCUUCUCAUCCGCCCCGCCAGGGUUGAAGACCAUGAUGAUUUGAUGCGUAUCUUUGUGGAUCAGACCAAAGUCCUGUCUGUCAUGGAGCAGCCGUACUUCCUGGCAGAACUGAUCCAGGAACAGAACGAGGAGAACCACUGCGCCGUCUGUGAGAGUGACGGACUUCCUGUCGGCUUCAUCAGUGUCACGUCUGAUGUAGAUUUGAAGCAGUUGCACGACAGCUUUGAUUUAAGUGAGCUGGACGGUUUGUACAAACUGGAUCAAAUAACAAAUGCUGAUCCUGCUGCUCCGCCUGAAUCAAGAGAAGACCCAGAAAACCCCCAAACAAAUCCUCAGGAGGAGACUCAAUUGACUGAAGCGGGGAAAUCCAGCGCCGUCUGUAUUCAGUUCUUCGUCAUUGACAAGAAUCACGAGACCAGAUCAGUGGACUUCAUUCCUUAUAUAUUCACAGUUUUCCCCGACGUGGACCUCUGCAUCAUCACCGUCCCGACUCUCUCCCCUGAGUUCCUGCUGCUGCAGAGCUUCAUCCGGCUGCCCCCCCGCUCCACCAACGCCUCGCCUCCCCGAGAAAUCUACGUCUUCCAACGCUCCGGACUCAGGAGUGUGGAGGUGAGGGCGGCUGUAGCUGCAGACCGUCCUGCUGUCUCUGAGCUGGUGAAGACUCUGAGUCUCAGAGAGUCUCUUCUUGAGGACCUGGACCGUUUCUACGAGACCCGCAGAGACAAAGAUGGCGUGCCGCUGCAGGCCUUCGUGUCCACGGUGCAGAGCGAGGUGGUCGGGAUCCUGAUCAUCAGAGACGAGCAGGACCUCCAGUACUUGUGUGCGCGCUACAACAUGGAGAGCUUCAUCUACUUCAGCCACCACCGGCUGGAGGAGCACGCUCACAUCCUGCACUUCGUCCUGGCGCCCUCCUUCCAGCGCUGCUGCAGACACUUGUUCAAAGAGUCCCUCCGGCUGGGGCACAAGUCCUGCCUCUUCCACAGACUCUACCCCCCUCACAUCAGCCCCAGGUGGAAUUCCUGCGUCCACCAUCUGGAUGUUCUGCUGGACUGUGCGGUUCCUGUGUGCCCGCGACGCCAGAUCGUCUUCCCGCUGGAGGAGCUUGGCAUCAACGCUCCUUCCCUUCAGAUCAGAGAGGAGCAGGCUCCGUUUGCCCUCAGCCUCAUCAGCAGGAAGUUGACCUUGGAGCCAAAGGUCACGGUUAACGCCCGGAUCGUUUUGGUGGGGGCGUCGGACACGGGGCUAUCUUUCCUGGAGGUGCUGUGUUUCUGCCCUCACCUCAGGUUCAACAGCCUGACACUGGUCUCCACGCACGGCCUCCUCAGCGACUUCGACCACGAGGACAUCGGGUUUCUCUCCACAAGUCAUGCGUACAGCAGCAGAGAUCUGUCCCGGGUGCCUCUGCACUCCUGCGUCAGCGUGGUGAGCGGGAAGAUGGUGGCCAUCAACAGGAAGUCCAAACACGUCCUGGUGUCCGGUGGAGUGACGGUGCCCUACGACCACCUGGUCCUCUGCACCGGCCUACAGUACCAGGCGCCUCGUCCUGCUGAAGUGAAUCAGCCCGACUCAAACCUCCAGCUGCCCUCCAACCUCUUCACCCUCAACGACCUCCACGACUGUAUGGCUGCCCGCCGCUGGCUGAGCGCCAACUUUGUGGAGCUGGAGGAUAACGCCAUCGUCUACGGAAACAGCAUCGACGUUUUCACCACCGUUGAGACUUUGCUCAGCCUCGGGAUUCUGGGUAAUCGUAUCCAUGUCGUCUUCACGCCUCCCGAGCCCGGCGUCUCCUGCUUCAGCGACCCGGAGGUGGAGAAAGCUGUGGCGACGGCCCUGAAGAAGGCCGAGGUUCAGGUCCACCAUCACUGCCUGCUGGCCCUCAUGAACAACGGAGACAACCCCAACCCCCUCACAUCUGUGACCUUCACUACAGACGCAGAGACCCUCAAUCUGCAGUGUGGGGUGUUCAUUAAUCUCUCCAAUAAAGCCGUGGACUCUGAGGCCUUCCGGAGCAUCAACGACUCCUUCCUGGUGUUCGACAGCAGACUCGUUAUAGACGCCACUUUCCACACCAGCGAUUCCUCCAUUUCUGCAGCCGGACCUCUCACCAAAUUCUCCCGCAGCUACUACUCCGACGAGUGGUCGAACGCAAACUUCAACUCUAAGGAGGUGGGCCGGGAUCUGGCGGCCAUGUUGCUGCGUCUCUUCGACCCCACGUUGGAGCCCGCGAUGGAAACUCCUCCAGAAACAGAGCGCCUCGUUCCGCUGUACGGACAGGCCAAGAUUCAAGGUGGGAAGCUUCCUGGAGGAUUCCACUUCCUGCAGGUCACUAAACCGUCUGCUACCCAGCUGACCGCUCCUCCUGUUCAAAAGUUGCAGGACAGCUGCUUGGUGACGGGGCGUGUGGAGACGGGGAACUACUUCUCGUUACACCUGGACAGCUACGAGCAGGUGGAGGCGCUCACCUGUCUCUCCCUGAAGCCCCUCCCCCUCUCCAACUACCUGAGUCUGUAUGGUAAACAGCAGCAGCUGCUGGGCCAGCUGAGCAGCUGCUACCGGCAGGGCCUGAUCCCAGACCUGCACAGUUUCUUCAGACAGAGCUGGUGCUUGGCCCUGUAUCACGACAGAUUCUCCGACUUCGAGCAGGAGCUUCAGCAGAUCACCUCGCACACAGUAAGUGGCGAUGUCUCGGGGCAGACGGUGCAGGGCGAUGUCUCUCCGCUCCUCCUUCAGGACAGGUCUCCAGCCGCUGAGGUCCGAGCGGCUGUGAGGAGCAGCGCCGUCAGGUAUCUGAGCUUCAACAGGAACCUGCUGCCCAUGUUCGCCGGCCCCGGACAGCUGUGACGCAUCAGCAACCACAUUAAAUACGUUUCAUUGUUUAACAUCAUAUUGUCUUUGAAACGGGACCCUGAACACACCGAGUGAAUCCUUACGGUCUUACGAACAUGCGCAAUACUUCCUUUCAUCAUAGAAGACAAUUCCUUACGGACAUUUUCAUUGUUUUAAUGUGUGUUAGCGUCUGGGUUUGGAAGGUAAACCAUACUCCGCUCACCUGACACCUCGUUGUUGCAUGUUCGAAACGCCUAAAAUCAUUUCUCUGUUAUCCAAUCGGUUCAAACCUCACUCUCAAGCAUCUGCAGUUUGUGCAAAACUCAUGAAGUAGUUUCAUUAAAUGUAGUUUAACUAAAUGUGCUUAAAGGGCCCAUGUCAUGCUUUUCCGGUUAUCACCGUCCCCUCGUGUUAUGAAGGUUUUUCUGCAGAGUCAAACCCCUCAAAGUGCACCCUGUAGCGAGUAGACCUCUAACACAGAGAAGACCUGUCUGUGCUGCCCCAGAACGCCUCGUUGGAGAUUCUCAUUUUCUCCUGGGUACAGUAACGUGUGAAGCACCCAGAGGCCACACCCUCUGCCAGCCUUUCACGAAACAAAGCUUCUCAAACCUUUCAGGACUCAUGCCGGAUGUUCAGCGUAGGGCACUGAAGAACGAUGCUGUUCCUACUUUGUUUGGACCAGCGGGAGAUUCGGGUACACAACCUGUAAGUAUUCAUUGUUGUUUGUGUAUUUAUGAUGUUUAAAACAAACAAGGUAUCUAUCACGACUGUUUCAAUGGGUAAACGUUUUUCGGGCUGCUACGUUGGGAUGGCGGAGGAAUGCUCUCCGCAGACCCAUUCUCACAGCGUUAUAAACCUUGUUCUUCCUCAAUAUCAAGCCACACUUAUUGUGUUUACUUCGGCUGUGAGUGUUUGUGUGCUCAGGAUGAGUUUAGCUUGUUCUCGCUGCAUCGCCGACACGGAAGCCUGUCCGCUCCUCGCAGCAACGAGCCUUGCAACGUCUCGACCAAUCAGAGCACAGUGGGCUCACAGGGAGGAGGAGGGGGGGCAGGAGCUCCAACAAGGCGUGUAGCACAGAGAGUGAAUGCACAGACUAUCAGAGAUGCUGUGAGAAACCACUGUGAGUUUGGAACAUUGAACAAAGUGAAUCUAUUCUAGUCGACCUCAACGAUGGAACUAUGAUGAGUAGAAAUGACAUGGGACCUUUAAAGUGAUGUUUCGUGAGUCUGUUGGGUUUGUAGAAUACGAGUUUGCAAACGUAUAACAUCUGGAAGUGUGGAGUUGCUCAUUUGGCUCCAGGCUGAAGGGAGUGAGAGAAACUCCCUCUGAAGGACACACAGGGGCCGUUUCUCAAUGUGGAGUAAGCAUGCUGCAGAGCCACUAUUUCAAGUAUACUAGGUCAUCGAGUGGCGCCGAAGGACUGUUUGAAUGCCCAGCAUUCGGCUCCACUCGAUGACCUAGUAUACUUGAAAUAGUGGCUCCGCAGCAGUUGCACUCCACAUUGAGGAACGGCCAGGGAUUUGAGCCUUUGCAGACCAUUUACAUGCACUAAAACAUGCAGAACGCAUACAGCGAGGGGGACACCACAAAAAGCUACAAUUAUUUUCUAGAGUAAUUGGUUCAUAGUUGCUUCUAUAAAAAGGCAGAGAUGAUUUCAGUCUGAAACCCAAAGAGCUUAAAGUCACGUGAAAUAAGCAAAAAGCAGUAAUAUGUGAUUACGAUGAAUCCCUAACCCUUAAUGAUAUCGUUGGUGAUCGUAUGUCUGCUAAUGUUCUAAUGAUUACAGUGGUGUUGAAAGCAAAGCAGCAACGUUACAAGAAUAAUUCCUUGAAGAAAAGUCACUUAACUGUAAAGUAAGUAUUCCUUAUUUACUAAUCAAGAUAAUACCGUUUUUAAGGGACUUUUGAAGCUACUGAAAAGUGUUUGUAUGAAUGUAAUGUUACCUGUAAACACUUCACACUGAGUGACUUUAAGUCCUUUAAAUGUGUACCUUAAUUUGACUUCUCCAGGACAUUUGUCUCGUGCAAACUUCAGUCGUUCUUCCCCUCCGUAGACGAGCACCUGAUAAAUGGUCUCUAACUGACAUGAGCUGCAGUUUGAAGGGAAGGAGGGUUUGAACGCUUGUUUCCACAGACCUCUCCUCCACAAUGUGCCAACUGUAACUGUGACUCUGCAGCAGCGUGACCAAUCACAGGCUGCACAUGAAGGCAUUAUGGGGGAGGAGAAGAGGGGACAAAAUGGGAGGAGAGGGUGGGGGGUGUCACUCUACAGCUGUAUGUUAAUGAGGCUGAAAAAUAACCGCACACACAACAACAUAUGUCCGCAGCUAAACAACCUGCAGCCUGCUGGUGUUCAUACUACAGGAAUCAGGCCUUUAUAUUUACAUAAUGCAGAUUACACUGAAUUCCUCCGCUGUCACCAUCGAGCGGACGCUGUCACUCCACAGACAAGAUGCAACGUCCUUCCUUUAUGUCUGCAAUGCAGUCAGUGUUAUUGACUCGGUGUGACUCUAACGCACUUUCAUUCUAAUAAUGCUGCUUUUUAAGUUAUAAAGAAGCCGUUUGUGUUGAUUAUAAUAUUCAAAUGACUUCUUCUGUAGUUGUGAGUUAUUAGACAUCUGAUGGUUUACUUUGUGUCUGUUCAAGCUGCAUUAUGAGGUUUCAAGAACAUCAACAUGU